AAUGUGUCUAAUCAAUUUUCUGUCUUAUCCGCGUAAAAUCCUAUUAAUAGGGGCCACAUGGCCAAAAUACCAUUCUUCUUUGGGGUACAAAAUCAGACGAACAGUAACAUUAGCCAAUAUUCUCUCACUGUUGCUUUGUUUGUCUUACAAUGCUUCGUUUCAUAUGGGCGAUUUCGUUCAGUUCUCCGAAAGCUUGUAUAUGCUGAUUUCCGUAGUCAAUGCCUUUUUGAAAAUAGUCCUGCUUACCUUAAAUGGAAAAGUGUUUUUGAAGCUUAUUGGCAUGUUGGAAACUCCCAGCUUCAAACGGUUCGAAACGUUAUACAAAAAAAUUGUGAAAGAUUUUUUGAAAACUGUUAAAGCUGUGGAGUUUUUCUAUUGGAUUGAAGUUAGUGGAACUGUGCUGUUUCUAUCAUUAUUUCCAAUUUUUGAGUCUGAGGCGCUGCCAAUGGAUUUUCCUCACUUUAACAACGGCACUUUUCAUUAUCCAUUCUAUAUUUUCGAAGCAUUCAGCCUGUUUGUCUCUGCUUAUGAUAAUAUGGCGGUUGAUUUGCUGACAGUAGGAAUUAUAUCUAUUGCGGCGGUUCAACUGAGGAUUUUGAAUCAAAAACUCGUAGAUACCGAUAAAAACAUCAAGAAUAUGCCCAAUUAUUCAGUGGGUAAUGUGGAACGACUUACAAUCGGAUACCUGACAGAAUGUUGCAUUCAUUACAGUGAUAUUGAAAAAUACGUUAAGAGUAUCUUGGAAGUAUUUUCAGUGAUUAUAUUCGUUCAGCUUGGCACCAGUGUUGUGGCCAUUUGUAAUGCAGGAAUGAUGAUCUUAUCAGUCAAACUUGCCUCAAUAGAGGCUCUCUCCUUAUUUUUCUACAUAGUCACCAUGUUUGCCCAGCUGGGAAUGUACUGUUGGUUCGGAAAUUUUGUAUAUGUUGAGAGUUUAGAAGUAACAACUUCCUGUUACUUGUCGCAUUGGGACGAACGUAGGUCAGCUGUUCGCAAAACUCUGUUCAUGCUGAUGGAAAGAGCGAAGAAACCUUUGGCCAUUAGGGCUGUUAAAUUUGCAACUUUGUCAUUCGAUACAUUUAUUGCGAUUAUCAAAUGGUCUUACUCCUAUUUUGCUUUACUCAAUAAUUCGAUGAAAAACUAAUGUAUUUAAGCACCGAUGGCUGAACACAAGAAGACGCACUAAAAUUUUACGAAAUGCUUAACUCUAAUAUGAAGCAUUUCAAUAAAGAUGAUUAUUUAUGGCAUUCCAGACAGUUUUCCUGCCAUUUGAAUUUUUUUACAUACAUUACUGCUACACGUACUCAACUAAUCUUUUAAAAUUCACUGAUCUAUUUAAUGCAAAAUAUUGCAUUUAGG